CGGUCGUUUUACCUAGAUCCUCUCCGAUGGCAUCCUUUCUCCACAUCGGCAGCGCUCUGCUGCUUGGAGCUGCCCUUGUCAAUGGGCAGACUUCAGCAACUACGGCUACCACUACCUCACUCGCACCGGCUCAACAGACAGUAUCAGCAGACUCUGAUUCUGGCGUGCCUCUCAACACUGCCGAAACUGUUCAAUUGACCACUGAAGUUCUACAGAAUUUGACCAGCCAGUUAAACCAGACUACUGUUUCGUACUUUGACUUUGGCAAUGCUACUGCUGCUACCAAGCGAUCCACAACCGGAUGCAAAGUCUUCCCGGGAGAUUGGGCAUGGCCUAUAGAUUUUAUUUGGGAUAUCUUCGACCUGUUGCUCGGUGGACGCCUCAUAAAAACGGUUCCGUCUGCUUCAUCGUGCUACCCCGGUUGGGGUGACCAGAGCGCCGCUGAAUGCGCUUACGUCGCCUCUGUAUGGAAUGAUUCCCACUUCCAUAUGGAAGAUCCUACAUCUGUCAUGUGGCCUCUUUACCAGGGUCGCACAUGCUUGCCCACUGGCUCGAACGUCACCGCUACCUGUACUCUGGGUGGUUAUCCAUCAUACGCUGUCAAUGUCUCAAAUGUAGCUCAGAUUCAGCUCGCAGUCAACUUUGCACGCAACCUCAAUAUCCGCCUAGUCGUCAAGAACACUGGUCACGACUUCAGCGGCAAGUCCGCCGGUGCUGGUGCUCUCAGCAUCUGGACUCACCACCUUAAGUCUCUCCGGUAUAUUCCCAGUUACUCGGACAGCACCUACUCAGGCCCCGCUGUCAAGAUGGGAGCUGGUAUCCAAGCACAAGAGGUUUAUGAAUUCGCCCAUGCCAACGGUAUUACCGUCAUCGGUGGUGAGGGUAAGACCGUCGGCGUUGCCGGUGGAUACAUCCUUGGUGGUGGCCACUCGCCUCUUGGCAGCAUCUACGGUCUUGCCGCCGAUCAGGUCCUUGCUCUUGAGGUCGUUCUUCCUGAUGGCACGUUCACCACCGUAACUGCUGCUACUAACCCCGAUCUUUUCUGGGCCCUCCGUGGCGGCGGUGGUUCCACCUUCGGCAUCGUCACCUCUCUUGUUGUUAAGGCUUACCCCAAGAUUGGUGUCACUGUCGGCUCUAUCACCUUCGGCACCUCGAAUGUUAUCAGUGCUGAUACCUUCUUCGAGGCUUUGAAGACAUACUACUCAUACUUUGACGCCUUCACUGCCGCAGGUACCUAUGUCUACUUCUGGGUUUUCCCUCUCGGUAAUGGUCAGUACAUUUUCGAAACCCAUCCCUUCUUCGCUGUCAACCACACCGUGGACCAGUUUAACACUCUCAUUCAACCAUUUGUUGAUGAUUUGAGUGCUCUCGGUAUUUCUGUUACUCCCAGUGGCACCUACUACGACGACUUCUACGAUGCCUGGUUGGCCGGUUUCCCCCUCGAAACUGUUGGCUCUACCACUAUGCUCACUGGAUCUCGCCUCUUCCCCCGCGAGAAUUUUAACAAUGCCACGUUGCUCAACGUCACUAUUGCCGCUCAUCGCCAGACCUUGGAGCAAGGCUACCCUAUCCUAGCCUUCCAGAUGAAGGCAGAUGCUCCAGCAGGAUCUGUGCCCAACGCUGCUAACCCUGCCUUCCGUACCAUGCUCAUGCACGGCAUUACUUCCAUCAGUUGGCCCGCUACCGCAUCAAGUGCUGAGAUCCUCUCUGCCAUGAAUACCAUGACCAAUGAUGUUCUUGGUCCAUGGCGUGCAGUCUCUCCCAACAGCGGCGCCUACAUGUCUGAGUCUGACCUUCUUGAGCCCAAUUUCCAGCAAGCAUUCUAUGGAUCUAACUACGCCCGCUUGUACUCUUUGAAGCAGAAGUAUGACCCAUGCGGUGUACUGUACGCUCCCACAGCCGUCGGUAGCGAGGACUGGACUGUCUCCAGCGCUGACGGAUUGCCUGAUCAAAACGGUCGUCUCUGCCAUGUCUAA